AGUAUCAUUGGACAUCGACUUAUAAUCAAGAAGGCAGUGCGUUGUAUACUGUCUUGUCUACAAAAUUGUAUUUCUUAGUGUGUAACACGUUUUAUUUUAUAGGUGGUUCCAGUUGGUGUAUUAUAGUUUUGAUAUGACUUGCAAAUGUUGUAGGAUACAUGGUCUUGAAGCAGUUUGUACCGACAAAUCAAGCUACCAAAGGAAUUCACCAUUGGGAUUUAUCUUUUUAGUUUCUUAAAUAGAAAACGGUAACGGUAAAUAUACAUUAAAACUUCUGAAAAUGCAGCUUAGUUUCGCAAAAUUUUCUCUUCUUUUUUAAGAUUAACAUUGGUAUUUUUGAUGUAAUAGAGAAUGUGGUAGUGUUAGUGAGUGGUGUGUUGUAUACUGUAGGCCUAGACCAUAACAUGAGAUAGGCUACACGUGCGAUGACUAGUGGUCAUCGUACUUAUCGCAGAGGUGUCAAUAACAAUAACAAUUUAACCGCGGGUGAGCCGAGUGUGAGUGAGUGCCGCAGUGUGGUGUUGGGGGGACUUACUUUGCCGGCAAUUAACACUAGGAACAGUUUUGCACGCUGCAGACUUCCCAGGGAUGUUCUGAAUCACAGAUUUGAAAGCAACGGGAACGUAAGCACAAGUACCAGUACCGGCGGCAGACAGCUACCACAAGCAGCGGGAGGCGACUGUCGCAGCAAGCUCCGCCCAGUGCGCACCACGGGCUCUAGCAAUUCUGGCCUCGGACAGACCAAUAACAACGAACGGAAGCUUUCCCUACCACGUGUCAUCAACUGCGGAGCCGGCGGCUCUGUACGCAGGUUGUCGCGUGGGGGCACAGCUCCUCGCACCGCCACAGAGCCUCGUAGCCGCCGCAUCAUAGACAAGGCACACAAUGGUACCCCAGCCUCCGCCUCUCCCCCCAGCCAAGAGCCGGAGCCACAGCCCCCCGCCCCUACCCCCGCCCCUACUCCUGCCCCUACUCCUGCCCCUGCCACCACACUGCCCCCGCCCGAGCCGGAGCACACUGAGGCGGAGCCGCCUGCUGAGGAGGACGAUGACGAGGAGAAGGCUAUCGGGGUGUCUCAUGAUGGCAGGUUCCUUAAAUUUGAAGAAGAGAUUGGACGAGGGAGUUUUAAAACAGUUUACCGUGGCCUUGAUACACAGACAGGGGUUGCUGUGGCAUGGUGUGAGUUGCAGGAAAAGAAACUCAACAAAAAUGAGCGUUUACGGUUCAGAGAGGAAGCGGAGAUGUUGAAAGGGCUACAACAUCCAAACAUCGUCAGGUUCUAUGAUUACUGGGAGGUGACAUUAACGAAACGAAAGUACAUAGUUCUUGUGACAGAGCUUAUGACUUCAGGGACACUUAAGACUUACUUGCGGAGGUUUAAGAAGAUAAACCCUAAAGUGCUAAAGUCAUGGUGUCGCCAGAUCCUCAAGGGUCUGCAGUUCCUACAUUCUCGUUCACCUCCCAUCAUACAUCGGGACCUAAAGUGCGACAAUAUUUUCAUCACUGGAACCACCGGUAGUGUGAAAAUUGGAGAUCUGGGUCUAGCCACCUUGAAGAAUAGAUCUUUUGCCAAAUCUGUUAUAGGCACUCCAGAGUUCAUGGCCCCAGAAAUGUACGAGGAGCACUAUGACGAGUGUGUUGAUGUCUACGCCUUCGGAAUGUGCAUGUUGGAGAUGGCUACAUCAGAGUAUCCGUACUCGGAAUGUAUUGGUCCUGCUCAGAUUUAUAAAAAAGUUAUUAGUGGUGUAAAGCCAGCAAGUUUUGAUAAAGUAGAGAAUCCAGAAGUUAGAGAUAUCAUUGAGAGAUGUAUAAGACUGAAACGGGAGGAAAGGCCCGGCAUAAAGGAGUUGUUAGCUCACGAGUUCUUUGCUGAAGACGUGGGCCUGAGGCUGGAGAUGGUGUCCAGGGACGAAGCUGUUGUAUCAGAGACUACAAAAGUUGAAUUCCGGCUGCGAGUUAUCGACCCAAAAAAGCGUAGCAAUAAACACAAGGAAAAUGAAGCAAUUCAAUUUGAUUUUGAUAUGGCCACUGAUAAUGCUGAUGAGGUCUCAUCAGAAAUGGCCAAGUCUGGACUGAUACUGAGUGAAGACGCUCCGCAAGUGGCUAAGAUGCUUGUAGCUCAGAUAUCAGCCUUGGUGCGGGACAGGGAGGAUAGGAAGAGCCAUACUAAGACACCAUCUGUAUUUGAUGAUACAAUGGGAGUGAUCGAUGAUGGCAACUUUAUUCCUCUGGUCGAGUCCAGCAGUGUGCCGCAGUCACAACCAGUUCACUUUACUUCACAGGCAAGCCAAACAGCUGGAGCGUCACAUUCUGUCAUUGUUGUUCAACCAUCUCAACCUGGGCAAGGCCAGACUGUGACAUCGCAGCCACCGUCUCAACAACAAACACUGGAGAGCCUACAGCAACAGCUGUCACAGUCUCAGCAACAAACUCUGCAAGCACAACAGACAAUUUCACAACAGCAGCAACAGCUCAACCUGCAACAGCACCAGCUAUCACAGCAACAGUUAUCACAGCAACAGCCUCUCCAGUCUCAAAUUUCUCAACAACAGAUCUCACACCAGCAAAUUCCACAGCAGCAGUUUAGCCAACAGCAACAGCAAAUUCCUCCACAGUCAAUUCCUCAGCAACAACAAAUUCCUCAACAGUCAAUUCCUCAGCAACAGCAAAUUCCCCAACAGUCAAUACCUCAGCAACAGCAAAUUCCCCAACAGUCAAUUCCUCAGCAACAACCAAUUCCUCAACCGCAGCAAAUUUCUCAACAGCAAAUUCCUCAGCAACAGCAAAUUCCUCAGCAACAGCAAAUUCCCCAACAGUCAAUUCCUCAGCAACAGCAAAUUCCGCAACAACCAAUUCCUCAACAGCAGCAAAUUCCCCAACAGCAAAUCUCUCAGCAACCGUCAAUUCCUCAGCAGCAGCAAUUCCCACAGCAGCAGCAGCAACAGUCUUAUUCUCAGCUGCAGCAGCAGCAGAUUUCUCAACAUCAACCUCAGCUCCAAGGUCCUCCUCAACCUUCCCAAUCUCAACAAACAUAUCCUUCUCAACAGCAAAUGGCUCAACAACAAAUAAAUCAAUCCCAAAUAUCUCAGUCACAGCCAAUUUCUCAACAGAUCCUACAACAACAGCAAACCCCCCAACAGCAGCAAUUGCCCCAACAGCCAAUUGCUCAACAACAAAUGCCCCCACAGCAAAUAUCUAGUCAACCUUCAAUGCAAAGUCAUGUUCCUCAAGAUUCUCAGGAGCAGUAUCAAGAUUCACAUCAACAGUUUGUUCAACCGCCUGUUCCCGACCAGCUGAUCCCACCACAACUUGGAGUGCCCCAAACAUACACAGGCAUCCAACAGACUGCGCUCACACCACAACCUCAAAGUGGAGGCUUCAACUUUUUACCACAAGAACAUUCAGAACCGCAAGCAUUUUCAAAGUCUGAGCAUGAAGUGUUGGUACCUCCAUCUCUGAACUUCUUGAGUGUCAACGCAACCUACACGCCUCUCUACUCUCCAGUCCAGCCACCUCCCACCUCUCAGCUCACAACUGCUUCAUUAAAGGAUGAAGCUGGAACUGGUAUGGAGCCAGAAGUACCGGUAGUAACAGACACAGGACCUGACGUAAGUGAGAUGGACUCUCAGAUGGGGGUGCUUCCGCCACAAACUGUGCUUAAUCCUGCAUACUAUAGCCCAUACUACCAGUGCACUGCGCUCACUAACCCUCCCUCGGACAGUCAGACCGAGACCCCUCUAACAAAGGUUGUUGAUCAGCAACCGUCGCUACCUCUUGAUAGUUCUAGUUCUGAACAGAUCCCUUAUGCUGCCCCCCAAACUCAGUUAGAACAACGAGUUUCAUUCUCAGCUCCUCCUGCCCAGUUGGAACAUAACGGUCCAUAUACAACACUACCAGUCAAUCAACCCGAACAUGUUAUGUUUUCAGCCCCAACAUUCACUCAAACAGAGCAUCAGGUUCAGUACUCUGCGGCUCCAAUUGAUCAACCUGAUCUAGUCUUGCACACAGCCCCCCCUGUAGUUCAACAAGAACAAGUUCCUUUGUCUGCUUCUUCAGUUCAGCCUGACUUGGUUUCAUAUUCAGUUCCCCCACCAGAGCGGCAGCUCCAAUAUUCUGCUGCUCCUACUUCCAAUUCUGAACACCAAGUUUCAUAUUCAGCUCCUCCUGUUCAGCAAGAGCAAGCUGUUUUCACAGCACCGACAGUGGCUCAACCGGAACAUCAAGUUCCGUAUUCGAUGGCAGCGCCUAUCCACUCUGAGCGAGUUUCAUAUUCAACUUCUCAACCUGUUCAAAUAGAACAUCAAGUUCCUUUUACAACUGUUUCAAUGGUUCAAUCUGAGCAAGUUCCUUAUACUGGUAUUCAAAUAACUCAACCAGAAAAUCAAAGUCAGUAUUCUGGUACACCAGUUGCUAAACUGGAACAACAGGUUUCCUAUACUGCACAGGUUGCUCAACCAGAACAAGUUUCUUACACAGCUCCUCAGUAUUCUCAAACUGAACAGAAUUCCUAUAUUCCGCCUCCAGUUGUUCAGCAGGAACAGCAAGUACCCUUGUCAGCAACUAAUUUUUCUCAACCAGAACAUCAUGUAGCAUAUACUUCAGUUCCAGUUGUACAACCAGAUCCGGUUAACUUAACAGCUGCUCAAUUUACUCAAGGUACAUAUACAACACCUCAAGUCAUUCAACCUGAACAUCAGAUUCAAUAUUCAUCAGCUACAGUUAUUCAACAUGAACACACUUCGUAUGGAUCCCAAAUUAUUCCUCAAAAUGAUCACCAGAUAUCAUCAGCUGCUCCUGUUGUUCAAACUGAAAAUCAAGUUCAAUUUUCAACAGGGUCUGUUUCACAACACGACUAUUCUGUUCAAUUAUCAUCAGCUCAAUCUGAACAUCAAAUACAGUUCUCAGCUAUUACAUCACUUUCCCAACAAGAGCAGCAAGUUCCGGCCUCCGCUACUUCAAUUCAAACUGAACAUCAAGUCCAAUUCUCAGCAGCCCCUAAUUCACAAUCUGAAUAUCAAACCAGUCCACAGUUCUCAUCAGAUCCAGUUGCUAGAUCUGAACAUCAAGUUCAGUUCUCAACACCCUCAAUUGCACAACCAGAAUAUCAAGUUCAGUACUCCACAGCUCCUACAGUUCAAUCUGAGAAUCAAAUUCACUUCACAUCAGCACCGAUUGUCCAACCUGAACAGCAAGUUCAGUUUUCAACAGUCCCAAUACCACAACCUGAUCAUCAGGUUCAUUAUCCAACUGCUCCAGUUGUAGAAAACCAAGGUCAGUUUCCAACAUUUCAUCCUGACCACCAAGGCCAGUUUUCAACACCCACAGUACAACCUGAACAUCAAGUACAGUUCUCAGUAGCCCCAAUCCCACAACCCGAAUAUCAAGUUCAGUUCUCAACAUCUUCAAUUGUUCAGUCUGAACAAGUUCAUUAUUCAACAGCUCCAAUCAUUCAACCAGAACUUCAAUUCUCAGGAGCCCCAAGUGUUCAACCCGAACAUCAAGUUCAGUUUUCAUCAGCCCAAAUAACACAACCUGAGUAUCACCUUCAGUUCUCAACAGCUCCAGUGUCUCAAUCUGACCAAAUUAAUUAUUCAACAGCCCCACUGAUUCAGUCAGAACAUCAUGUUCAGUUUCCAACACUCCCAAACAUUCAACCUGAACACCAAGUUCAAUUCUCAACAGCCCAAAUUCCACAACCCGAAUAUCAAGUUCAAUUCUCAACUGCUCCGACUGUUCAAUCUGAACAAGUUCAUUACUCAACAGCCCCAGUCAUUCCAUCAGAAAAUCAAGUCCAGUUCUCAGGAGCACCAGGUGUACAACCUGAACAAGUUCAUUUCCCACCAACAGGAGUUGCCCAAUCCACUUAUCAAGUUCAAUUUAAUGCACCUCUCCUCGCUCAACAGGAUUACCAAACCCAGUACACAGCACCUACAACCCAGCAACCAGAGAAUCAGUAUGCGUCAUCUGAGACACAAGCUGUUUAUGCAGCACCUCAGGAGCAAAUUCCAGUAAGACCCAAUACAGGUUAUAAUGAGGUAGUUCAAGAGCCAAUUCAAAAUUAUCUGGAGCAGAUUCACACUGAAGUUCAGCAAUCAUCCACAUUAGAAACAACCCAAGCUUUUCUGAGUGCUCCCCAGUCCCCGCUUAGUGUAGACCAGCUUCAGAGGAAAAUGUCCUGUGAAGACCAUCAGUGCACCUGUGACUGUCGAUGCCAGCUGCUGCUGGUGGCGGACCCUGACACUAAUCCCAGUGACUCAUUGGUACAAGUUUGUAAUGAGCCCCAUCGAGAGUUGGACCAGAACUCUACCACGUCAUUACAAGAUGGUGACAUGGAAGCAGGAACUGCUGGCUCUGAAAUAGUGACAGAUAUGACGAAGAAAGGACUGACAGUGAAGCGCCGUAGCAGACCAUCAGGCCCCAAGCUGACAGUGUUGAGUGCCAGGGAAGGACAAGUGGAGUGUCAGCUGGAGACCAACAAGAUGAAGACAGUCUUUCAGUUCAAUUUGGGUGACACAGUGCCUGCCGAUGUAGCAAACAAUUUGGUGCGUGAGAAACUCCUCCCAAGUGCCCAUGCUGAACUGAUCACAGAACUACUUAAGGACCUAGUUCGGCAGUUGAAAGAGACUCCAGAAAAGCUCCCUGUUCUUGACUCCACGGGUAGCCCCAUCAGGAAACCCAGGAGAGAUGAGACAACGAGCAAAUCAGUGGAGGAACAGCCAGUGUCAAAGCCUGUUCCGAUGCGCAAGAUCUCUCGGUUCCUCGUCAGUCCAGUGGUCGAGUCCGCUACCAAGGUGGUGUCCGGUGAGUCUGAAGACCUGCCAAGCCAUGAAAUCACCCCUCCAGACACUGUGUAUUCAACCACCAAUGAUGUAGAUGAUGGCACAAGGUCGGAGAGGAGUUCUGGGGCUGCAUCUAUCAGCACUCCCCCUGUCCACCAGCUGACCCCCGACACCACCAUCAUGCCCCCGCCUGAGUCUCACCCCAAACUGUCACACCAGAACUCUCUGGACAACAAUGGAGCUGGUACUGCUCGUAGUACGAUAGCAGAUCUGCAGCAGAAGCUGGUCCAGCUGACAUCCCAGCCCUCGGAGUUGUCUAUUGGUGGGACACCACCCUCGCACCCCCCCACCCCACACACUCAGGCCAGCUAUGAUUCCUACAUGCUCACCCUCCAACAGAAACUGGCCUCCAUCUCUCAACCGCUGGCUCAGGAUGAAAUAAAUAAUGAGAAGGGUUUUGGAGUGACGGAGUGUGGAAAUAGUAACGACGGGCCCCUGUCCCCCCAGAGUACGAUACAUGGAUUAUCUUCAGUAGCUACUCCAGCAGAGUACGACCUUCCUCUAGACGAAUUGGUUGCUGUUAGUGGUGAAGACCACAUGAUCAUCAACUCUGUGCAGUCUCAGGUGUCCAUACAGAUCCCACACAACGAGGAACCUGUGGUUACUCCAGUGGGUUCUCUGGAGCUUGCCUCCACUUUUGUGUUGCCUACUGCUGCUGCUGCUGCAGCUCCUGCUGCUGCCGCCGCCGCCGCUGCUGCUGCUCCUGCUGCUGCUGCCGUCUCCACAUCACACCACCUGAUCAAACCACAGCUGUCGGUGGACUCUGCAAUGGUGACGGCGAUGGAGCAGCGACAGAGCAGGCUGGCUCGUCCCGUGCCCACCGCCUCAGACCUGCACAAUCUGGAACAGGAACUAUCCAAGAUAACUGUUAGGUCUACACCAGUGCUGCCGCAGCCUGUCUCUUCCAUUCCUCACACGGUUCCUCUGUUAACAACAGUCGUGGCUACGCCCAGCACAGAGUCUUUACUAGUUUCUCAGGAGUUCCCCCCAGUUGAGGAUAUGUCUCCCCCAUCACCUAAGCCUGUUGUCAGGAAAGUGUCCAGGUUCCAAGUGAGUGCAGUACAGGAAGAUCCCUCUGCCGUCACUCACUCUCCUUCACAUUCUAACUCUUCAGCGGGAUACAUGUUCCUAACAGUUGGGUCUUACCUGCAAGAUGUGGGAUCGGCAGUGUUACAGCUGAUACAUUCUGUCUGCAGCUUCUUCGAACGUAGAGAGGAGCGUAGGGGCAGGUUCAGUGUGGUGACACAGGAUGCGCCUAGCCUACACCUGCUGCACAUGAACCCUGGACUCCCAUCUCCUUCAUCAACCCAGAGUGCGGGACAACCUGUGAGGAGGAUCACCGCCACAGGUAUCCCAGUUGCAGUUUCCCGGGUCCGGGAAGAGGCUCGGAUGAGCCGUUGGCCCAGUGAGGGUCACAUCAGAGUGAGUGAUAAGCAGCCUAAACAUCUGCUUAGGGACAAACUAAAGAAUGCACACAGCAUGAUUGAGCUUGCCACCGCCCCACUCUCUGUAUCUCGCUGUCACUCUGUCAUCUAUCCUUUGUAUGUAGCAGACGACACAGAGCACUCACAGCUGUUUGAUGCCAGCAGUGAAGAAUUGAAGGCACUACUCUCAAGGCACAGGUUGGAGCUUGAAGAGCUUCAAAGGAGGCACAGGGAGGAAGUGGAGGCAUUAUGUCGUCAGCUGACCAGCUCAGUUCCUCAAGCGCAGCCCUUUGUAACGCAAGGUGUCAGUGGACAGGGCAGUCUGGAAGGAUUCAGCACUGCACCCCAGUCUCCCGACACCCAGUCCAGGCCAGAUACUCCGAGGUAACCUCCAUCCCAUACCUACAGCCCGCCCCGCCCCGCCAUUUUACUACUCCAACACCAUUUAAGUAUUUAUUUAUUAACUUUAGCUUUUAAUGUAUCGCGUGGAUUUUAUUUCAGCAACUACUAUAUUGUACAGUAAUUUAAUUACAAUUUGUGAUUUCGAAUGGUUUGUUGUUUUUUUGUAUUUAUUAUUUUCUAGCUGAAGUCAAUUAGCUGUAUCCUAAUUUGUGUAAAUAAAAUAAAUAAAUCAAAUAUAUCAAUCCUAUCAAUUUAUGCUAAUUUUUUUACAGAAUAUUUUUUUAAUUAAUUGUAUUUUGUCUGGCUUUAGGAAUGUAGUCUGCAAUCCUAGCCAUUACUGGAGUAAGAUCAUUUUAAUAUUUAACAACUCAACUCACAUGAGUGAGUGUACAAUUUAUUUACUCUGUAUGCUUCUCUGUAAUACUUCCAUAUCAUAUCAGCUUUGUUGUUUCAACAUUUUAACAUAACAUAUUUUACUGUCCCAGGUUGUAUUUUAAAUUUAAACAAUGUUGUGGGUCCGUUUAUUUUCCAUAUGCAAUAAUCAUAUAACUGUAUUUAAAUGAGCAUAUAAAAUAGUUUUAAUUUCUGCUAUUUUUAUCAUUCAGUAAUUUGGUUGAGUCAGUAACAUGUUUUGUUACUUGUUUUGCAAACUACAUCAAAUAAUUAAAUAACAAAUUUUGUCUUAUAGUACCACAAAGUAUACAUACACUUUGAAUAGCCCUCCACAUAUGGCUAAUAAUAAUCUUAGCAUGUCUUACUGUUCAUCCAGCUCCUAAGGUACAUUUAAGAAGAAUGAGGAAUACUGGAUAUUUGCGCUGUGAUGUUAAGUAUAUUUUUACAGUAAAAAAUAAAAUAGUAGCUAAUUUUUUAUUUUAAAAUUUUAAAUAAAAACAUAUUAGUCCCAUUCAUGUUUAGCUAAGUUUUAAAAAGCACAUUGAAAUAAUAUUGUAUAUAAAUGACAUGACUGAGGGUUGUAUAUAAGUGGUCAGGCACACACUUAAGAGUAGUUUGUAUAAAAAUAACGAAAAUGAACGUUAGACUGACUGUGAUCAGGGUAUCCGAGGCCCGAAUGUAAGUAAUGUCAUUCUUCAGUGUUAUCAAUAUUUUAAUUAGACACUGAUAUAAUAAAUUUCACUGAAUUUAGCCUAUCUGAUACAGAGUAAAUCUAUGAUUCUAGUUCAUUUUUCUAGGCAUGAAGUAUCGCAAUUGUUAUCAGAAGUACAUAAACUUCCCUAAGCUUACUAAUGUGGGCAUCUGCUUCUUUGUAUAAACUAUUUUAAAGUACACACUGUUCAUUGUAAACAGACAGGUUUUAUCGUACUGUCUUUAUUGUGAUCCAAAUUUUAUAUCACCAUUAAUUACUCUUCAUGAAUUAUACAGAACUGGACCAACACUCAGGUAUUUGUUGUAGAAAAUUGAUGUUGCUGCAAGGUUUUAAGCAUUGAAAACUACCACAAAAUUAUAUGGAUUUUAUCAUCUUAUAGUUGUUAUUUGAGCCAUUAUAGAAUAAAUUUUUGAAACUAAAAUAAAGAAUUUGAAAGUGAUUGUAAUGUUUAAUAUUAUAUUAAAAAUAUUGGCAGAAUUCAAACCAGUGUGACCAACCAGCAUUUUAUAAAUGAUUGCGUAAUCAUUUGCAGUUACAUCUAGGAAGCUGUCAAGGUUACUUGGGUGUAAUAUAGUAUCUAAGUACAAUUGGCAUGUUUAUUUUAAUUUUUUAAUGAUUGAAGAUAGAAUAAAUUUAUUUAAAUGCAAUGAUACGUAAGUAAUUGGCUUGUAGAGAAGCAAAAUAAAUUUAAAUUCAUAACUUAUGAUAAUAGUUACAUACAUUAUAUAAACUUAUGAUAUUACUGAUAGUAAAGCCUGUAUAAAUAUAAUUUAUAAAUAAAUAAUUUUUUCUUUA